CCCUUGCGUUUGCCAGGCAAGCGCUUAUUCUACCGAGCUAUCUCUCCGGCCCCUUCUCUCAGUUCUGUGUACGGUCUGUCAGCAGAUCUGUUAACUUUGUCCCCAAAACAUAUGGAGUCAGGUGCAGUGGUACACAUCUGUAAUUCCAGCUCCCCGGGAGGUUGAGGCACUAAGAUGGAAAGUUUGAGGCCAGCCUGGGCAGUUUAGUGAGGCUCUGUCUGGCGUUGGGGGAAGGGCUGGGCCAGAAGGGCAGAGCCUUUCAGUCUCCAGUACUGCAAACAAACACACGCACAGAUCCAGGAUCCAGCCAGCUCUCAGCGUCGCUUGUGCUGCCACUCGGGGUCAGGCUAUCACCCCUUUUUACCUAAUCUUUUGGAGUGCUCUUGACCCCCUGUUAGAUCGUACUGCUGCUGUGUUCCCCCUCCUGGCUCUCACUCAGCCAGAGCCCCCACUGUGCCCCCAACUGAUCCAGCUUCCUCCUUUCUCCCCACAGCUCUCAUCCCCUUCUACAUUCCCCCGGCUCACACUGCCUCAGCCACCUUGGCUCCCUUGCUGUCCUGUGUUGUCACCACAGGACCUUUGCACUUGUCUGCACGGCUUCUCCCUCUUUUCCUUUAGGUCUCUGUUGGGAUGUUAACUUCACAGACAGGCUCUUGCUAAGCACCCCAGCUAGUGUAGGGCCUGGCCCUGCCUGGCUCGUCAGCGGGCUUAAUUUUCCUCCUAACACUACUACCUGAAAUAGAUUAUUGUUAUGUCUACUGGGCUUCUCAGACCUGCCUGCCCCACUGGCUGCAUGUGGCACUGGAAGAGCACGUAGGUGCACAAAGCAUCCUCUGCAUGUGGUGGUGGAGUGCCCUACAGCACUGUGCUGCAGCGGGCUUGAAAGCUCUGAAAGGUGUGCUGUCACUGCCCCCGGUGGCUCCCAGGGUGUCUGUUUUCAGCCUAGAUCUCUGUCCUGGAUUGCAGGACAGCACCCCUCCUUAAGUCUCCCUGUGGGAUGCGCAGGGUUGCUGAGCUGGGAGGGUCUUGGCAGGACAGUCACCUGGACAGAUCAUGGUGCCUAAGGGAAGAGGGCCUCAAAUUUAGCGCCAGAAGGAGCUUGUAGGAAAUGCACAUUCCUGCCCUCUUUCCCCCCACUUGAGCUUCUGUAGGUUGGAGGACCAGUGCCUGUGGUCAGGCUGAUUGAUGUUCCCGUGCUCUGAGAAAUAGGCUGGUUCAGAGCUUGGGCUGGAGGGCAGUGACUUGACUGUCCUCCUCUGUGGUAGAGGCUCUCCUGAGCAGUGUUGGGGGUGCUGGAGACCCAGCCUGGGAGUGGGGCUUCCAGCAGGAGGCGGGUGGAGCUUUGGCCUGUAAGGUGACCAGGAAGGAGCUGAGGGAGAAGACCUUGGCUGUCUCCUCAGUGCCCGUGACCCUAAUCCGUGGCACCUCCCAUUACAUUGUUAGUCAUUGUGUAAGGGCAGGCGACUGGAAGUACAAGAAUGGUAAGAACAGCUCUGCCCUCUCAGUUCCUGGUCUUUGGGCUAGGAAUGGGGUCAUGGGGUGGUAGCCGGAAUACCAGGCUGGACUGGACUAUGUGGUGGUGGGUCAGUGCAGGCUAAGGGGGCUCUAGGGUGGUGAUUUGGCCAUGUCUGCGUGGGAGGUGGUGGUGUGGAUUUGUCUUUGAGGAGUCGGGCAAGGAGGGGAGAUUGGCCUUGGGGUGGGAGGUGUGAAGUCUGUGAGCAUCCUGGGAGGAGGUUUAGAAGGAACCAGGGGCGGUGCUGUAACAUGGGGAGAGAGCGAAGGGGUCACCUUAGUGAAAGGCAAGAGGGAGAGGGCUGGGGGCAGGGAAUUAAGUGUGUCUGAGCUGGAGCCUUGAUGACAUGAAAACUGGUGUCAGUUAUGUGGGCCAGAAUGGGGCGUCCACGGGCGCAGGGCUGGGCUGGGUGGUGACGUCACGGGUAGCAGGGGCGGGGCCUCAGAGGACUAGGGAGGCCGGGUCCGGAGGCUGAGGCAGAAAAGCAGCGCUGGGAGAGACUUGGGGCUGGAGUGAAAUCAGCAACCAGGAUGGAACAUUGGUCACAGAGCGAGGACGGAGGGUGCAGCGACCCUGGCCAUGGACCAGCCAGCUGGCCUGCAGGUGGACUACAUCUUCCGGGGUGUGGAGCAUGCCGUGCGUGUGGUUGUUUCUGGGCAAGUGCUGGAGCUGGAGGUGGAGGACCGGAUGACAGCUGACCAGUGGCGGGGCGAAUUCGAUGCCAGCUUCAUUGAAGAUCUGACCCACAAGACGGGGAACUUCAAACAGUUCAACAUCUUCUGCAACAUGCUGGAGUCGGCCCUCACCCAGAGCAGCGAGUCCGUCACCCUUGACCUGCUGACCUACACGGACCUGGAGUCCCUGCGGAACCGCAAGCUGGGCAGCCGCCCGGGCACCUUGGCCCCUAGAUCAGCCCAGCUCAACUCCAAGCGCUACCUGAUCCUCAUCUAUUCUGUGGAGUUUGACAGGAUUCACUACCCGCUGCCCCUCCCGUACCAGGGCAAGCCUGACCCUGUGGUCCUGCAGGGCAUCAUCCGGUCGCUGAAGGAGGAGCUUGGUCGCCUUCGAGGACUGGAUACCUGCGAUACACGGGACACGAGGGAUACUGAGCUUUGGCACCUGCGGGAGCAGGUGACCCGACUGGCGUCGGAGAAGCGCGAGCUGGAGGCGCAACUGGGCCGCUCGCGGGAGGAGGCGCUGGCCGGGCGGGCGGCGCGCCAAGAGGCCGAGCAGCUGCGCGGGCUGGUGCGAGGCCUGGAGCUGGAGCUGCGGCAGGAGCGCGGCCUCGGACACCGGGCGCCUGCCCGCCGAGGCCAGGACUGCCGCCGCCUGGCCAAGGAGCUCGAGGAGGUGAAGGAGUCAGAGCGCAGCCUGCGCGCCCGGCUGAAGACUUUGAACUGCGAGCUGGCCUCGUACAAAAGGGGGAGGCGGACUCUGCUGGUGCCCGCGGCCCGGGAGGACCGGGUGUCGUCGCGGGAGCGCUCCACAUCACGGGGCCGUGGAGCCGCCCGGUCUUCCUCAAGGGAGAGCGGCCGCGGGACCCGGGGUCGGGGCCGACCCACCCGCCCCUCGCCUUCGCCCUCAGGUGGGCGCGCACCGCGCUUCGACCCCACAGCCUUCGUGAAAGCCAAGGAGAAGAAGCAGAGGGAGAUCCGGAUGAAGCAGCAGCAGCAGCGGAACCGAUUAGGCAGUGGAGGAAGUGGGGACGGCCCAUCCAUGUCAUGGUCUCGCCAGGCCCGGCCCCCUGCUGCUGUGACCAGCCGAGGAGACACAGCCAAUCGCUCCCGCCACCGCAGCUCCUCAGUGGACAGUAUCCGCAGCCGCUGCUCCUCGGCCAGCUCCUGCAGCGAGUUGGAUUUCUCAGAGUCACUCUCCAGAGGCCUUCGCUGUCACCGCCAUAGGAAGCCACCCAGCCCCACACCUUGGAGUGGUUCUAAUACAAAAUCCACCCCUCGGGAAUGCAGUAGUCAGAGACGCCUGGCCAGUUCAGGGGGCUGGGUCCCCAUAAAAGAGUACAGCUCGGACCACCAGGCCGCUGACAUGGCGGAAAUAGAUGCCCGCCUGAAGGCCUUGCAGGAAUACAUGAACCGGCUGGACACGCGGUCGUGACCAUGGAGGGCUGGCACUGCCUUUCCACCCCUGCC